AAGCAACAAUAAUACUGAAGUAAUGGUUGAACUUCACAGCGUGACGUAGUUGAAUUUUGGUGCCUAAUAUGGUAUUCUGAGAUGGACCUCCCAUCAAACCGUCAAUAAAGAAAACCAGACUUGUUCAGAAAAUUUUGGCAAAAGCCUCUUCUUCUUCUUCAAUCUUCAGCAAUAACCCAUUUUCCAUACUUUUUCUUUCACUAAGGAAAACCCUUUGUCCUUAUUUCUUCAAAGCAAAUUCACUCUCUUUUGGUCCCUCAAAUAAUAUUUUCGUAUCUCUCUCUGUCUCUCUCAUUGUUGCUGGGAAGAACACACAUCCCUUUCUUCCAUUGCGAAGAAAUCUCUCGCAACCACUUUCCCUUGUGACGUUUUAACCAUCGCCUUCGCCACCUUCUUCUGCUGACCACAAUUGACUUCUUCUUUUGCCUUAUAAUCUCAACUCCCGUUAUUUGCAGUUGCAGCCACCACCGAGGUUAAUCGGAUCAAGGAGUUUCUGGGUGACAAAAAAAGAAAAAAGAAUGGAUUUUUGGAAGGUGGGGUUCCUUUGCCUUCUUUGGGCUUCUUCUGUUCUUUCAAUUGGGGCUGUGGAGCUGGGUCGACAUCAACCUACUGAGAGAAUUUCAGGUAGUGCCGGUGACGUGUUAGAAGAUGAUCCAGUGGGAAGGUUAAAAGUUUUUGUUUAUGAACUUCCGAGCAAAUAUAAUAAGAAAAUCCUGCAAAAGGACCCUAGAUGCCUCACUCAUAUGUUUGCUGCUGAGAUCUUUAUGCACCGGUUUCUAUUAUCUAGCCCUGUCCGAACCCUUAAUCCGGAAGAAGCUGAUUGGUUUUACACCCCUGUAUACACCACUUGUGACUUGACACCAAAUGGCCUCCCCUUACCUUUCAAGUCUCCACGAAUGAUGCGAAGUGCCAUACAGCUUAUUUCUUCAAACUGGCCUUACUGGAACAGGACAGAAGGGGCAGAUCAUUUCUUUGUAACCCCUCAUGACUUUGGAGCUUGCUUCCAUUAUCAAGAGGAGAAAGCAAUAGAAAGAGGAAUUCUUCCACUGCUGCAGCGUGCUACCUUGGUUCAGACAUUUGGACAGAGGAAUCAUGUUUGCCUGAAAGAGGGCUCAAUCACCAUUCCUCCAUAUGCCCCUCCACAGAAAAUGCACGCACACCUAAUUCCUGAAAAGACGCCUAGGUCCAUUUUUGUUUACUUCCGGGGACUGUUUUAUGAUGUUGGAAAUGACCCUGAAGGUGGCUACUAUGCAAGAGGUGCAAGAGCAGCAGUGUGGGAGAACUUUAAGGACAAUCCUCUGUUUGACAUUUCCACAGAGCAUCCAACAACAUACUACGAAGACAUGCAGCGAGCUGUGUUCUGCUUGUGUCCACUUGGAUGGGCCCCUUGGAGCCCAAGACUGGUUGAAGCUGUGAUAUUUGGCUGCAUCCCAGUGAUCAUUGCAGAUGAUAUUGUUCUUCCAUUUGCUGAUGCAAUCCCUUGGGAAGAGAUAGGUGUAUAUGUUGAUGAAAAAGAUGUACCUCAACUAGACACUAUACUCACAUCUAUUCCACCAGAAGUUAUCUUGAGGAAACAGAGAUUACUUGCCAACCCUUCCAUGAAGCAAGCUAUGCUGUUCCCUCAACCGGCGCAACCCGGUGAUGCUUUCCAUCAAGUUUUGAAUGGCCUUGCUCGGAAACUGCCGCACGACCGCACUGUCUUCUUGAAACCAGGAGAGAAGGCCUUGAAUUGGACUGCUGGGCCUGUGGGGGACCUUAAACCAUGGUAGCACUUAUAACACCUUUCUGGGGCAAUUAGGAUUCUUCACACAUUUUGGUCUAUACUUCCAAGUGUGCAUAGGUGGGGUUGGAAAUUGAGAUGCUGGUUUUUGUUGCCUUUGUAAAUUUUGAUUGUUUUUCUCAGACCAUUCAUUAGAUCAUUUGAUAUCCAUUUUUCAGUUUUAUUGCUCAAAUGGUAUACAUACAAAAACUAUGGAAAUCAGUGACCUAGCACACCACAAACAAUAGAGUCCUUGGCUAGAGUCAGUGACCUAGCACAAACCAUGGAAAUCAAGAUGACAUCAAUACAUAAUAGGCUUCUUGUUUUGGUAUGCA